GGGAUGGGGCAGCCCUGGAUGUAUGUACAGACUGGGGAGUGAGAGGCUGGGCAGCCCUGCGGAAAGGGAUCUGGGAUUUUGGCUGUUGGCAAGUCGAGCGUAAGCCAGCAGCGUGCCAUGGCUGCCCAAAGGGCCAACCAUACCCUGUGUGAAGCCAGAAUUGACUCAGUGAUCUUUGUGGGUGCCUUCCAAGUCGGGAUAUCCCGUGCUUCUAUGAGCGUUACCUGCUCACUGCACGUACACAGUGACUUUCUCAUUUUGAUGACCCACGCCAUUUGAAAAAACAGCAACAAAAACACCAUCGGCCAGGGGUACCGAUUUUUUUGUUUCACAACACCACAGCAAUCGCUCACAUCCAAGGGCCUCGCAGUUUGGCUAACAUUUGACUUGGCCAUGACCGCGCCGGCAGGAAGCACCCCCUCACCACAGCAGCCCGCGGAGCGCCGCACUGCCCUCCUCACACGUCCGCCAUUCAGCGCCCUUGAGGCGCAUGCGCGCGGAGGUGGACAUGGCGGCGGCGGCGGCGCUGGGGCUGCGGCGGUGUGGUGGUCGCGCCUCAGUCCCGCUGUUGGGGUUGCCGCUGCUCAGCGCGGCCCUGGGGCUCCCGGGUGGAAGUCGUCGGUCAGCUUUCUUACUCGACCAGAUCGACCAAAUCUAGCCUACCGUAAGCUGAAAGGCAGGAAUCCAGGGGUUGUUUUCCUUCCAGGCUUGCGGUCAAAUAUGAAUGGUCAGAAAGCAACUGCCCUUGAAGAUUUCUGCAGCUGUCUAGGUCAUGCCUACGUCAGAUUUGAUUAUACAGGAUGUGGAAGUUCACAGGGGAACUUCGAGGAGUGUACGAUUGGGAAGUGGAGAAAAGAUGUUCUGUCUAUACUGGAUGAACUUACAGAUGGACCACAGAUCCUGGUGGGCUCUAGCUUGGGAGGAUGGCUGAUGCUCCAUGCUGCGAUAGCACGCCCAGAUAAAGUAGCUGCUCUAGUUGGAGUAGCUGUAGCAGCAGACCAUCUUGUAACAGCCUUUAGGAGGCUUCCCAUUGAGGCGCAAAAAGAAAUAGAAGAGAAAGGUGAAUGGAAGUUUCCAACAAAGCAUAACGAGGAAGGAUAUUACUCCUUGACCUAUGACUUCAUUAGAGAAGCAGAAAAUCACUGUCUGCUGAAUAGUCCUAUCCCUGUAACGUGUCCCAUCCGUCUUAUUCACGGCAUGAGGGAUGGUGACGUCCCUUGGCAGAUCUCUAUGCAAGUUGCUGAUCGUGUUCUGAGCAAAGAUGUGGAUGUUAUCCUCCGCAAAGCUGGCCAACAUCGAAUGAGUGAGAAGGAGGACACAAAACUUCUUGUGAAUACCGUCGAUGAUUUAAUUGACAAGUUGGCAACGCUAACGUAAUCUGCAGAGUUGCAUAAAUAGAUGAAGCCUACACCUGACUCUUUUCCAUCAGUAGCAGAAACCCUGUUCUCAGUGAGAUUAUUCUAGUGGUGUGACUAUCACAGUAAGAACGGAGCUCUAUCUGCUGUUCCUUACCUCUGUUUUGUAGAUACAGGUAUUUUUUCAAUGCUGCAUUUGUACAGAUAGACCAAAAUGUAAGGAAGUGCUGCUGCUGGGUGUAGAACCUCUGCUUUACCUCUUAAAUCUUUUUUUUUUUCACGAGCAUCCUACCCUUUUGUACUGAAAUGUUCAUUCAGUUUUGUUACUGUUGACCAUGUACAGUACAACUUCAAUUUCCCAUGUUUUUGAUGAUGUUUCAGUAUUGUUUUGCUAUAAUGUUGUUGUAUAUCAUCCACGUGUGCAAGGCAAUGCACAAUUUAAGGGAUUACUGAAGUUGCUUAUAUUAGAAAUAGCAAACAAUAUGAAGUAAACAGAUUCCUCAUAACUGAUGGUAGUGUUCUUAAGCAGUGUUUAAACUGUGCAAUGAAAGGCACACCCUGAUGGUGUACUUGGGGUGAUGCAUAAGGAGCAAUUUGGGAUUUCCUUAUAGUAGAUUAAGACUAAGCUUAACAAAGAUGAAUGCCCCUAGUCCUGUUGCAGAGGCUUUAAGAGCUUAAGGACACACAGCCUCAGAGUACAGGUAGAAACCUUAUAUAACAUGCUCAUCAGAAGUACUUAUCUGUUCGCCUUUCAUAAAAAAUAAUUGAUGGGACUACUAUUAAGGGAAUUAUACAUAAGCCUGGUGUAAAGUCAGCAAUUUCACUUCUUCCUUAAGUUUUGAAACUUUACAACCUCUUGAAGACGUACUGUUGAGGAAAAUGAGCAAAGACAACAGAUGCAAAUUGCUCAGCCCUUUCCAUUCCUGAAGGCUGUGUUUGUGUAUUGUUGAGCACUUGUCAUCAGUGUGUAGUCGUGGGACUGUAGCACAUAAUAAAACCUGAAAAGUUUUGUGAGUUAUAAAGACAUAGGGAAAUCAGAAUUAAGUUAAUUCAAAACUUUCUGCUCGUAGAUUAUCUAUGAUUAUCUUUUUUAAUGUAUUUCUGUCACAUCUGUUAGAUUGCUUUGUCUCUUCAGAGAAGAAGUUGAAAAAGGUGCAGUGCAGGAAUUCAGGAAUAGUGAAUGUAAAUUAAGGCCUAAAAUUAGCAAUUAUGAUAGAUGUCUUUUAGGUUUUUUUGUUUGGUUGGUUUUGAAUUGAGGCUGACGCCUAUAAACAUUCAGUUCCACUGUAGUAGUUCAGGCAGGGAAAUGUCUUUAUAUGUGUGCAUAAUUUGGAGCUGUGUAAUUCUCUUGAAAGAAUCGCACUGUAAUCUUCCAAAGCUUCACCGUAGCGUUUAUUUAAUUAUUCAUAUCGCAUGGGUAAGGUCAUCUCGUUGCAGUGCCUUUAAGCAAGAUAGUGGAAAACAGAUGUGAGGCGAGCAGUUGUGUGAGUGGUUUGGAGACUGUGUUUUUGUCUCCCCACUGUUCUGUUAUAACAGCGUUUAGGUGAGAGAAAGCAGGUGAGCCUAAUUGUUGAGGAUACAAAACUGCACCAUCAGUUGCCUUAACGUCAGCAUUACCAAAGGGUAAUGAUAGGGGUAUUUUUGUGCUAGUUGUUGGGUAGAUCUGCCUGUUUUCCUUACUUCUCUCCUUGCUAAAUGGCGGUUAGUGGUAGCAUUUACAUUACAGUUAUAGCCCUAACUUGUUUUGUAUGGUGUAAGUGCAAAGACAGGGUGUACUUCCUCAAUAGAGAUAGUGUUGCAGACAGUGCAUUGAGACUCAGUGAAUACUAGUGCCCCUCUCUGUUCUCCCUUGCCACUUGAUUAACUCAGUAUGUAUUCCCUUACAUAUGAAGAGGCAGACUUUUUGUAGACAGAUGUUUUUUCCUCUGAAUUUACCACCAUAGCUCUGUUCUCAUUGCAGGCGCAGCAUUUAUCCUUGUGUUCAUGCUGGAAACUGCCAGCAUUUUGAUCACUGCCAGCUUGUGUUCAGAUGCCAGGAAGAAGGGAUAGACGAUAACCAAUAGGCUCCAACACAUUCUCUGUUCCCAUGUUGUCAAAGCUGAGCUGCUAAUUGCAAUAACAGAAAGUCGGAAGGAAAACAAGAUUUUGGCACAGCUUUCCUAAUGCUGGGUCACUCCUGAAACCAGAGAUUUACAUCCUACUCAUGGCCAGCUCCUGGCCUGUCAGGAAGUCUUGACAAUCUUGAGUAAUGCAAUAUUUGCAUGUCAGAGUGUUGUCAUUUUAUUUUCUAUACUAUAUUUGUCCCCAGAAUUACUGCAUGUGGCACCUCCUUCAUCUUUGCCAGUAGAUGUCUGGAUAGCAAAUUGUUUUCAAUGUUAGUCAUGUUUAAAAAUGAGUAUAAUAAGUAAAAAAUAAGUAUAAAUAAACUUUUAUGGAAAUACUGUAUUAAACCAGGGUAUCACACGUUUGGAAAGAGGUACAAAUCAUUAGACCUCAUUGUAAUGAAUUGUUAGCCUCUUCACUUUUUACAUACAUCUCAUUUGCUGCCAAGUACAUUUCAUGAAUAUGUAUCAUGCACAUUUAAACAGAGUCUUUCAUGCUUUUGGAUUUACCAAUGUAAGCAGCUCUGUCUUGUGGCUCUUGGAGGACUGGUUUUCUCUGAGUACCUUAAUCUAUCCUUAAUUAUUUUUGCUACUUCUCAUAGCUUAAGUUGUUAGCAUCUUCAUUAUCCUUCACUUUUGGCAGGUCUGAAAAUGACUUCCGGGCUUAUCUGUCACUGAGCCCAGUAUAGUAGUAUAGACGUUGGGUGUAAUACUGCUGCCACAGUACGUGGAAGCUCUGGACACAAACAGAGCAACUCAGCAUCUUCUCUUGUUGAUUUUGAUCAAACAAUACUCAUUGAAUAAGCACCUGGUGUAUUUUUCUUCUAUGUAAAGCUUAAAUACGGAUCAUUAACUCCUGCCAAGGAAUCAAGUUUCAUGAGUAAGUAACAAAAAGCCUUUAUAGCAAGCCACAGAAGCUUGAUUAGCAUAUAAUACCAAAGAAGCAAAUGAUAGAUGUCACCAAAAGAAACAGAAGCAUUAACCACCUGACUUCAAUUGUCCCUGGUCCUUAAUGAUGUUCUUGUUUCCAACUUGCUGCAAAAAUGUGUGGAACUACUUGAUUCGUGUGAAACACAGUUUAUUCUGUUUUCUGAAGGGAGGGAUAUGGUGGAUUCGUUUGCGUGUGUGCCUGAUGAAGCUCUGCAAUAGACCAUUAUGUACUGAAAAAGUCUAUAAAGCAUAUUAAACUGGCUUCCUAUCAA